ACAAUUCUUGGAACUUAUUUUUGGCUGAAUGUUUCCCAUGCUCAUCGGCGACUAUCGUAUUGAGUACGAUAUUUUCCAUAUUGACGAAUCUCAAAUGUGUGCGUCAUCAGCUGAUUGCGUACUAUCAGCUACGUGACCAAAAGAAAAACAUUCAUUGUUAGUACAACGAUCUCUUUAUUGUGCGUGUUUGUGAUUGAAUCAACGGCUACCCCAAAUAGUGGUGUCAAUUAUACAAUAUAAAUUGAAAUGUACAAUUUUAAUGUCAUUGCAUAUCUAAUCAGUAGAAGAGUUUAAUAUAAAAUGCGUUUAUAUCUUGUUAUAUACACGAUUAUUUCUUUAUCUUGCUUUCUAUCUGUAAAGUCGUGGCAUUCUAGAAAUAAACAAAUAUCUCCCGUUAUACUUGUUCCAGGCGAUGGUGGCAGUCAAGUGGAAGCAAAAAUCAACAAAACCACAGUGGUGCAUUAUUUAUGUGAGAAAGUUUCUGCUGAAUAUUUUAAUAUCUGGUUAAAUUUAGAAUUACUUGUACCAGUCAUCAUAGAUUGCUGGAUUGACAAUAUGAAAUUAACUUAUGACAAUAUUACAAGAACAACAAGAAAUCAAGAUGGUGUUGAUAUACGUAUACCAGGUUGGGGUGAUCCAUUUGUUGUUGAAUAUUUAGAUCCAAGUAAAGCUUCUCCUGGAGCAUACUUUAAAGACAUUGGUAACAUGCUAGUGAAUCAACUUGGAUAUGUCAGAAAUCAUUCUUUACGUGGUGCACCUUAUGAUUUUAGAAAAGCACCUAAUGAAAAUGAAAUGUUUUUCAAGAGAUUGAAAGAUUUGGUUGAAGAAACAUAUAACAAUAAUAAUCAAGUCCCUGUAACAUUAAUAGCACACAGUAUGGGUGGACCAAUGUCACUUAUAUUCUUACAACGUCAAUCUCAGAAGUGGAAAGACAAAUACAUCAAUUGUCUGAUUACUCUUUCAGCUGUUUGGGGUGGCAGUGUUAAAGCACUUAAAGUCUUUGCAGUUGGAGAUGAUUUAGGCGCAUACCUUUUACGCCAAAGUAUUCUGAAAGAUGAACAGAUAACUAGUCCUAGCUUAGGAUGGUUAUUGCCAUCAAGAUUAUUCUGGAAAGACACAGAAAUAUUGGUACAGUCAGAAAAAAAGAACUACACAUUACUCACAUUACAAGAUUAUCUGAUAGAUAUAAAUGUUCCAAAUGGUUGGGAAUUUAGGAAAGAUAAUGAAAAAUAUCAAUUAGAUUUUACUGCUCCAAAGGUUGAGGUUCAUUGUUUGUAUGGAAGUGGCAUAGAUACAGUAGAAAAGUUAUAUUAUAAGCCUGGUAUAUCAAUAGAAGGAACUCCUCAGUUAAUUCCCGGUGAUGGUGAUGGUACUGUAAAUUUAAGAAGUUUAGAGGGUUGUAAGUAUUGGCAGGGUAAGCAAAAACGGAAAGUUUAUUCUCAAGCCUUCCCUGGUGUAAAUCACAUGGGAAUUCUUAACAAUAGUUCUGUAUUAAAUUAUAUCAAAAUUCUUUUAAAAGUAUAAUAUUACUCAAGGAAUUGUGUCUUUAAGUGUAAUUGCCAAAUCAAAUAAUUAGAAGAUGUAAUAAAUUGUAGAAAUACAAUAAUGAUAUUUUAUGAUAAGAAAUUACAAUUAGAAAUAAUACUUUUUUGAUUAUGUGUACAUAUAUACAAAUAUUAGUAUAUUUUCCAUUAAGUAAAUAUUAAUAUUAGAAAAAUAUAGUAACACUCCAGCUUUGUACUCUUGUUUAUCUAUGGCUAGACAGUUACAAAGAUAUAUUAUAGUUUUUAUUUAUUUUAUACUUUUAGACAUUGAUAUUACCUUUGAAAUUUUAUUCUUUAUUAUAAUAUCUAUGUAAUAUAUUAAAAAUCUAUUAGCACAUUUUUCCUAUCUUAAUAUCUCAGGUACAAAUUCAUUUAGAACAUACAUUAUGUGAUUUUUCUAUUUAUAAUGUAACUUAAUUUGUUUACAUUUAAACAAAGCCUUUGAAAGUACAAAUUGUUUACAGCAAUGUAUACUUCUUGUAAUAAGUCUCAGAUAAAAAUCACACACGACAAAGAGAAAUAUAAUUGAAAAUGUAUAAACGGGAAUAAAUAAAAUUAUAAAAUUA